CAGUUUUUCUGGUUCCCCCUGGAUGAUCUUGGUUCCUCCCUAAGCCCUGGGACCUCAGCGACCCGAGUUUUGCACUUUCCUCUCCCUGUGCUGUGUUAGCUCAAGGAGGAGCAGGAGAAACUUGGCUAUUCCUGUCCUGCCGGAGCUGCUCAGGCUGCUCUGUGUCUUUAAGGGGCUGACCCGAUCCCCCGGUGAGCCAUUAUAAAGGCAGGUAAGCAGCAGUGCUCAGUAAAGUGCUGAGAGCUCAGCAGGGUGCAGCUGUCCCGUUAUGACUGGCCACCACAGUUGGGGAUAUGGGCAGGAUGACGGACCUUCGGAGUGGCACAAGUCUUAUCCUAUUGCCCAAGGGAACCGUCAAUCACCUAUUGAUAUAAUUUCUGCAAAAGCAGUCUAUGACCCUAAGCUGAUGCCACUUGUUAUCUCCUAUGAAUCCUGUACAUCCCUCAACAUCUCCAACAACGGCCACUCAGUUAUGGUUGAGUUUGAAGAUACUGAUGACAAGACAGUGAUCAGCGGCGGCCCCUUUGAGAGUCCCUUUCGGCUAAAGCAGUUCCACUUUCACUGGGGGGCAAAGCACAGCGAGGGAUCAGAGCAUACAAUUGAUGGCAAACCUUUUCCAUGUGAGCUCCACUUAGUUCACUGGAAUGCCAAGAAGUAUGCAACGUUUGGAGAAGCAGCAGCAGCUCCAGAUGGCUUGGCUGUAGUUGGUGUUUUCUUGGAGAUUGGAAAAGAACAUACUAGUAUGAACAGACUCACCGAUGCUUUUUACAUGGUAAAAUUUAAAGGGACAAAAGCUCAAUUUAGAAGCUUCAACCCCAAAUGUCUCCUGCCUUUGAGUCUAGAUUAUUGGACGUACCUUGGAUCUUUGACAACACCACCCCUUAACGAGAGUGUAAUAUGGGUAGUGCUGAAAGAACCCAUCAGCAUUUCUGAGAAACAGCUGGAGAAGUUCCGCAUGCUCCUCUUCACCAGUGAGGAUGACCAGAAGGUCCAGAUGGUAAAUAACUUCCGCCCCCCUCAGCCACUUAAGGGGAGAACAGUUCGAGCUUCCUUCAAGGCCUGAAGAGAACUGAUAAUGGCACCGGGAUAUCUAAAAGCUUCCACAUAAGUGACCAUAAAUCUGGUGUUUAGAUCACUCAUGGAACAUGCCAGAUAGCCAUUUCCAAGAAGGCUCUGUACUCAAAGGGAGACAAACAUUUUCUGGUGCUGUGUUUUAUUUGAAACACACAAUUUUAACACAGGCUUAGAUCUUUUUAACUAGAACUCCUUUUAGUACAAAGAAUAGAUAGUGAUCUGGAUCAUUCUCUUGGAGUUAAGAUGAAACUGAAAUCCUACUUUAUAUAAGAUGGGAAAUAGGUGGUAGUUAUUAAUGCUGAUGAUUACAUCUUCUAAUGGUCUAAUAUGUGGUGAAACAAGAGUUGAAAUUUGGGUGAACUGGACUUAAUUUUUUCUUAGAUUUUUCUUGUUAGUGUUUGCUGAGCUCUCUCUGACUAAUAAGAUUUUUGCUAUCUUUGCUGUCUGUUGACACAAAGUAGGCUAGCAGCACCCAGAAAAGGUUCCGUAUUCACUUCAUAGAGACACUGAUAUGAAAACCCUGUAUUUCAAAAUUAGUAUUCUAAGAUACUAUGGUACAGCUAUUUCCACAUAAGUAAUGUAAAUUCUCUGUGAUCCAAAACAGGCCAUGUUGGUUAUUGCACAAGACUGUUUAGACAGAAAUUAUUUUAACCUAUGCAACACACAUAAUUAUAACUCCCUCAUUAAGUUUGGUGAGAAGGAACAUCUGUAGCAAUUCAGGUAUGUACACGUGGCUAUCUAAAUUGUUCAAAUUCUACCUCAGUUAAGUGAUUUGCUCUGCAAUAUGACCUCCUUCAGCGUCUGCCCGAAGAAUGUAUAUGUAUUUUUUCACUCUAAGGAUCUUAUGUGGGUAGACCUUGAUUGCACUGAAUGUACGCUACUGCACAAAUCACCCCAUAGCUAUGGCAAUGUCAGGGAUCUUAUCUGUACUGAAUCCUGAUACAUCUUCAAAAUAGCCACUUUAGAAAAGCCAUGUUUUUGUACUGCUGCUUCUUGCAGCUUAGUGAAAUAAAUCUUCAGCCCUUUGUGUCCAGUAAAAUAGUGAUGUCAUCUGUACCUAUUGUCAGUGUAUUUUCAGUUGCUUUAUUUCUAGGUUUCAGAUAUUUCACUUAAUCUGCGCAUUUCAGACAAAUUACUGAUGUCUAUUGGUUUUCAGCUUUUGAAAUUAAGAAUCAAAAGCUGUAAGUAUUAAAGUAAAACCUUAAAGUCAGAGGGAGAGGGGAGGGAAGGAUGGGCUAGAACACUUACAGGUGGUUCUCCUUGUUCAGAAAGGGAAACAAAAAUAGUAGACAUGGAGCACAGUGCAAGGGAUGAAAGAUUUUAGUUCUAGACCAAACUCCUACAAUUUUUUUUGGCACACUGAUACAAAACAUUCUGUUCCUCACUUUAUUCUGCGAUAAAAUGAAAGUAACACUAAUAUCUACCUCACAGGAGUACUGUGAGGGAUGUUUUGUUUUAAAUUUGAGACUCCUAUAUGGAAGAUGCCAGAAGAAAUUAAAACCAUUAUAAAAUGCAAUGUUUUUAGCUGUAUAUAUAGAUGUAAUUUGGCUAGUUUUGAAAACUGCUAUUGCAAAAACUCCAUUUAUGUAUCUUAAUUUCUUUACCAAGUUAAAUAAAUGAUACUUAAAAAUCGUG